AGCACCCAUGAGCAGUUCCAUCACAUGCGCGAAGGAAAUCUGCCAAAAGACAGUAAAUGUGUGGUGUGCAAGAAAAGUUGUUGGUCGGCUGAAUGUCUUGCUGGAAUGCGAUGCGAAUGGUGUGGAGUGACGGCACAUGCUGUUUGCUACCGACAGUUGCCAAAAGAAUGCGAUUUUGGUGUGCUGCGAAAAAUUCUCCUACCGCCAUCAUCGCUAACAAUUCCACGAACGGAAUUACCAAUGGAACAGCUACUGGCGAUUACAACAAAUGAUCCCCCUCAGUCGCGUAAGGGUCAGACUGUUGCACUAUCCUUUCCUUUCCUGCUUUAUUGUGCGGACAUAAUUUCGACGUUUUGGGACAAAUUCGACCAUUUCGCAGAAAACAACCGCACUUGUUUGAAGAUAUUCAUACAUGCGCAGAGCAAAACAGACGAUGUGUCAUCGUCCGGAGAAGAUAUGAAGGAACGUGAGGAUACGGAGAUUUUGCGAGUUUUCGAUGGCAAUUCCUCGUUGCGAGCACAAAUCUGUCGGACAGCCAGCGUUCCAAAAACUGCUACCGUACAGCAGAUACGCGAUACCGCAAUGAGACGUUUUCACAUCACCGAUAAUCCGGACAAUUACUAUGUAACCCAAGUUGUCAACGAUGGUACCGGUGACGAAGAAACUCUUGAGGAUCCGGUCCCAUUGCGAAAUGUGAAACGACCGGAAGGUCGUCGUGCACAAAUUUUCCUUAGGUACAAAGAUGAUCCUGAAAAGGAUGUUGUCAAGCUUUAUGGCGGGUGGUUGAGGUAUAAUCUGAUAGAAGUAUCCUUGGAUCGAGGUGUCGCUGAGCGGACUUGUAAUCCGCAGGAAAACAUGUUGCAACUGGUACGAAAUUUGCGGAAGGAUUCUUUACGUCGAUAUCAUGUCGUCCGAUUUUAUGUGCAAGAAAAAGAAGAUCCGCAUGAUCAUGCUGUUUUCGUAGGCAAUCUUCCUGUAUCACUUGCCCAGCGGCAGUACGAGCGUAUACUGCUCAAAUUGUUAGGAGCAAAAGGUUGGAAAGAAUUCUAUGCUUUCACAACAUUUCCACAUUCACAUGCCCAACCUGUAAAUUUUCAGCCCCAUAUGCUAGCACCGGAUGCGGAGCCAUUGCUAGUCCUAGUCAAUGUGAAGAGUGGAGGCUGCCAGGGUACGGAGUUGAUCCAGUCAUUUCGAAAGCUUUUGAAUCCUUUCCAAGUUUUCGAUGUCCUCAAGGGUGGUCCACUAGUCGGGCUAUACGUGUUCCGAAACAUUCCCAAGUACAAGAUUCUUGCGUGUGGUGGCGAUGGUACGAUAGGAUGGGUUUUGCAAUGUUUGGAUAUUGCUAAACAAGAUGCUGCAUGCUUCUCUCCACCGUGUGGUAUAGUGCCAUUGGGGACAGGUAACGAUCUGGCACGAGUUCUUCGUUGGGGUGGCGGAUACACAGGCGAAGAGAAUCCUUUGGAUAUUUUAAAGGACGUCAUCGAAGCAGAUGAGGUGCGAUUGGAUAGCACGCCUCAGAAAUUCAUUCUUAUGUUUGAACUGAAACCAGGAAAUUUUGAAAUGGCAUCUGCUGCGAAUCAAGCCGAAACGGACCAAACUAUGAGCAAUCCUGAAGAUCAGACGAGCAUGAUUAUCAUGAACAACUAUUUCGGCAUAGGCAUUGAUGCUGACGUGUGCUUGAAAUUCCACAAUAAGGUGAGAAAAACUGAAAUCAGUUGA